AUGUCUCAGCAAGGUAUCCAAAAACUCUUAAACGCCGAGAAGGAAGCACACAAGAUCAUCGCCGAGGCGAGAAACUACCGCUCCGACAAGUUGAAGCAGGCCAAGUCUGACGCCUCCGCCGAGAUUGCCAAAAUCAAGGUGGCUAAGGAGAGCGAAUUGAAGCAGUUUGAGAGUCAGCAUUCUGGCUUGAACGAGGAGGCCGACAAACAGGCAGAGCAGCUGGUCAAGGACGAAUUAGCCAAGAUCGAAAAGAUUGCGGGUGAAAAGAGAGGCAAGGUGGUCAAGUUGUUGAUCGACGCCGUUAUUAAGCCUACUCCGGAAAUCCACAUCAAUGCUGCCAAAUAA